GCAUUUCCAAUAUGGCUGCGCCCAGGCAGUUAAUAAACAUUACAAACAAAAUAAGAAAAGUAUAUCAACAGCAAGUCCGUCAGCUAACACAAGUCUCUAUUGCAGGAUUGCCAAGUUUUGUUAAAAUCGUAGAAGUUGGACCCAGGGAUGGCUUACAGAAUGAAAAGGAUAUUGUACCCAGCAAAAUAAAAGUAGAAUUGAUAAAUAAAUUAUCAGAAUCAGGCCUUCCUGUUAUAGAGGUCACAAGUUUUGUCUCUCCAAAAUGGGUUCCUCAGAUGGGAGACCACAAGGAGGUUCUAGCAGAAAUCCAAAGAAAACCCAAUGUUGUUUAUUCUGCUCUAACACCAAAUCUGAAAGGCUUCAAAUCUGCAGUAGAGAGUAACGUAAGUGAAGUGGCUAUUUUUGGAGCAGCUUCAGAAUCUUUCAGUAAGAAAAACAUCAAUUGUUCCAUAGAUGAAAGUAUUGAAAGAUUUCGGGUAGUUACUGAAGCCGCUAAAGAUCGUAACAUACCAGUUCGUGGGUAUGUGUCCUGUGUUAUGGGCUGUCCAUAUGAAGGUGAUGUCCAACCACAGAAAGUAGCCGAGGUAGCUAAGAAGUUAUAUGAGUUGGGAUGCUAUGAGAUAUCACUGGGAGAUACUAUAGGUGUGGGAACACCAGGACUGGUUCGGGAACUGAUCUCCACAGUCAGUAAACAAGUUCCUGUGGAUCGACUUGCAAUACAUUGUCACGAUACAUAUGGCCAGGCGUUGGCCAACAUAUUCGCUGCUCUACAGAUGGGAGUAAGUGUAGUGGACAGCUCUGUAUCUGGUCUAGGUGGUUGCCCCUAUGCUAAAGGAGCCAGUGGUAAUGUGUCUACUGAAGAUGUAGUUUAUUUAAUGAAUGGAUUAUCCAUCAAAACGGGUGUCAAUCUACCAAAGUUAAUUGAAGCUGGACACUUCAUCUCUUCUUACCUCGGCAGACCACCAGGAUCUAAAGUUGCCCAAGCUACCAAAUCAAGUUUAUAAAGAUGUGUCCUAAAAUAUUGGACUCGAUGAAGAACUGUGUUUUUGAGUCGUCAUAGAAAGACUCAUAUUUCUUCCUACAUUUUAAGACGUGAAUUUUCAUCUGAUUGAAAUUGGAUUGGAUAAUUAAGGUCCAUUACUUCUUUAGGUGCGUUCAGUUUUAAUUUUACAGAGGGAACCUUUUUAGACUUUUUAUUUAGAGAGGUAGUACGGGUAAAGGAAUAUGAGCAUUUAAGAAUUAAAGGAGAUUAUUAGAAUUAAAAAAAUCAUUUUUUAAGAGGGAACUGUGAUAUUGUCAACCAGUGCUUAAUAUAUUGUUUAUAUGGAAAUCUUGUGUAAUAAAUUUUAUUUGUAAGUGUAAAAAAAAAAGAAA